AUGAAAUGCACCUUGAUUGCUUUGAUCGUUCUGUGAGUUUUUUUUUUUCCAUUUGGAAAAUGUUUUUUUGUUCAGAUGGCUUGCGGUUGAAAUCACCGGUCGGAAACGUCACCGACAUCGCGAGGUACAAAUUUUUCAGAAAUUGGAAAAUGUUCUUGUUUAUUUCUUUUGAAAGCUCUCAGACUUCUAAAAAGCCAGAAAUAACUUGAAAAUCGCAGAAUUGGCUUGAAACUCGAGAGAAAUUGUGGUAAAUGGCAAAAAAAUCAACCUGUUUUUCGGGAUUUUGUUAAAUAUUCACGUUAAUUCGGUCAAUUUUUUUGUACUUUUGAGCUUUGAAUGUUUAAAAUGUUUGUAAUUAGAAAAUGAGUUUUUUUUUUCAGAUGGAUCCUGUCGAAGAGGAAGACUACGUCGACGAGAUCAUUGCCGAGUUCGAAACCGGCACAAAACCGACCAAAAUCCCUAGUUCAACGACAAAAGCGCUCACAACUUCCACAUAUCCUCCGAGGAUGGUGAUUUUGCCGGAGAUGACGGCUACUCCUGAGCUGUCAGUUUUUUUUAAAACUAAUUUCCAUAUAAAAAAGUCAAAAAAAAAAAGUUAAAGAAGAUGCUGCGUUGCGACGCGACCGCAACGCAGCAUUUCGAAUGACGUCAUCAUUAACAGCAAAACUCCGUGCUCUUUGCCUUCAAAGAGGUCAAAAAUGAAACUACAGAGUUGCCCUUAGGAACCGCGACGCGACCGCAUCGCCUUCUAAACCAAUGACCCUUGUUUUUUGA